UGUCUGUUUCUGUACUGAAACCAUUUCCCUCAGUGGAAGCGAAGCUUGUAUUUACUUUUAUUUUACAGAUAAACAAUAAAUUGUGAAGACAGUAAAGCCUCCACUUGAAUAACGUUAGCAUUUUAAGUCUUGUGGGUGAUUUAUCCUGGCUUCAUAUGAGCAGAGGAAAUCUCUGCUGUUUGGAAAAGAGCCAGUCCAGCACCAGAUGGCAGAAGCAAGCUCAGACACGUCAUCACCAGAGCCAGACUUGAGAGGAAGGAAGACAGAACAGAGCCAGUUCCUGUCAACAGUGAUUGUGAUGGAACAGGAACGCAGAUUAGAGGAGCUGGGUAAAUUCUUAGCUGUCUGUGCUGACGAGAUGACUGGCGACUUGGCAGGAGAAGCAGUGGAGGAGCAGGAGAAAAAAGAGAAGAUGAAAAUUCCAAAACUCAAAGAUAACUCUGCUCUCGCUAAACAAACACCAGGCAGUCCAAAGCGGAGGAUGUCUCUGGUGGAACGAGUGACUGUUAAGAAGGACCCAACAUUUGAUUUUUUGGUGGAGAGGGCAACACUGCAGAAAUCCUUGAUGAAGAAAAGGUCAGAGAUUAUGAGGAUGGACAAGGCUAUUGAAGCAAAGGAGCAACUUGUGAAGAAGCUUGAACAGAAACUUGAGAUGGAAGAGCAGCUUGAGAAACAGAAGAAGAAAUCUGCGGAUGCCAAAAUACUUUUUGAAGAAAUGAGGAAGUCCAAACUGGAGUUGAAUUCUGCAAUUGAGAAGUUAACUGAUGAAGUAGAGAGCGUAAAAAGUGAAGCUGCCCAGCUUGAGGAUACCCUGGAUGAAUAUAAGCAAUCCAAGAACAUUCUGUUAAAGAUGUUGACUCCGGAGUGGCAUGAGGCCCACGAGGCAGAGAAUUCGAAAGCUGAAGUCCUGUCUGACAGAGACACUCAGAUUGAGCCAGGCAGGGAGCCUCAUGAGUCAGCAGUUAGGCAGGGUUUGGAGUCCAGCCCAGGUAAAGCACCGCCCUCCACCACAGAGCCCACGCUGUCCUCAACCCACAACGACACACUUGUCUCAAAUUCUAAACUGGAUAGCGACAGCUCGGACUAUGAGGAGAAGCUGGAGCAAUACUUAAGAGAUCCCCAGCAGCUACUGGAUGCAAUGAUGGAGGUGAAAGACCAAAUCCUGUCCCUGGCUUCAAACUGUACCACAAAGAAUAAGAUGUUGGAGGAGCUCGAGCAGAUGAUGGAGGCUGCCUCAAAGAAAACGAAAGUAGAUGACGAGCAGCUAAUGUUACAGAUAAAUGACACUGAGGAUAGAAUCAGCAAGGAGAAGAAGCAAGCCGCCAACCUCAAAAUGAUGCUUCAGUUCCACCACUUACUCAAAACAGAGGACCAGGAUGCUGUGUUGGAUGCUCUGAGAGUGAAGGUGACAGAAGUGUAUUGCUGCUGCAUGGGUAAGCCGUUGGCCAGCCUCAGCACCUUAGAGAAGCUGUCCAGUGUCGAGUACAGGAUGACUUCACUGCUCGAGCAAAUGGAUAGCAUGCCUAAAGGAGACUUGAAGACACUGAGGCAGAUCAGGGGCCGUGAGAGGAGGAACAGGCUGCAUGAAGAAAAGCGGAGACGUGAGAUGGAGAAACGGAAAGAACGAGAGCAGAGGUGCAUCCAGAGAGCCGUGGGUGACGCCAAGAAAAUAAGUGGAAGAAAGCUGAUGCCCAGAUGCUUCCCUGUUAAGCAGAAGACUGAAGUCAGCAAUGAGGACAACAUUCCUUCUGAGGAUGACCUCCAUGCUUACAUGUUUGGUACCGAGGAUCUAGACUGGUUUUAUAGAUAAUGUGCAUGAGGAGAGGUGGCAGACACUGGUUAGUCUCUGUCGCUCACAGCGGGAUGCUUGCAUUGGCCACUGUAUUGAAUUUCUUAUUGGAUGGACUCUGUACAAC